AUGGCGCGUUUCUCUGUCUUUGCACUCCUGGCAGUGCCAUGGCUCCUCCUCGCCGGCCUCGUCUCGGGUGACGCAGUCUCAGACCUUGAGAAGAAGGGACGUCCGGCUAUCGAUGCCAUGUUGGCCAAGUCAAAGACAUGUACCAAGGCCAACUUGAAGGUUCGCCGAGAGUGGGGUGACAUCUCUGCCGCAGAGAAGAAGUCUUACAUCGCCGCCUUGUUGUGCCUGAUGGAGAAGCCAUCCAAGCUCAACCCUACACAGUUCCCUGGAGCCAAGACCAGAUAUGAAGACUUUGUCGUCGUUCACAUGCAGCAGACCAUGUCCAUCCACAACACCGGCAGCUUCCUUUCAUGGCACAGAUACUACCUGUGGGCCUUUGAGCAAGCCCUUGUCAAGGAGUGCAACUACAAUGGGAGCCACCCGUCUCCUAUCUUUGAUGGUAGCGACACUUCUCUCAGUGGAAACGGCAAGAAGAUCGAUCAUAGAUCUUCCGGUAUUGCUCCUGCCGGCAACGGUGGCGGCUGCGUCGAGACCGGACCGUUCAAGAACAUGACUGUCCGCCUUGGCCCCGUCUCCCCUGCCGUCGACCCUGCCCCUCCUCGCAACCCCCGCUCCGAUGGCUACGGUCUGAACACCCGUUGCCUUCGCCGUGACAUCUCCAACUACCUCACCUCCCGCUACGCCCGCACCCAGGACAUUGCCGCCCUCAUCACCAACAGCCGUGACGUUCUUACCUUCCAGAACGUGAUGCAAGGCGCUGGUGGUGGCUUCGGCGGUGCCGGUGCUGGUAUUGGUGUCCACGCUGCUGGCCAUUUCACCAUCGCUGGUGACCCUGGUGGUGAUUUCUACACCAGCCCUAAUGAUCCCGCCUUCUGGGUUCAUCAUGGAAUGAUUGAUCGCACUUGGACCAUUUGGCAGAGUCAGGACACCAACACCCGCAUCCAGACCAUUGCUGGCGGGACGUCGAUGAUGAGCUUUGGUGGUGGUGGCAGGCAGCAGAGCUUGGAUGAUAAUGUUGAUUUGGGGAUUGUGGGCGACAAGGUUUACAAGAUCAGGGACCUGAACAGUAUUGUCGAUGGGCCUUUCUGCUAUGUUUAUGAGUGA